AUGAUAGGUUACUUUGAGGUGUUUGGCGGACACAAAGAUUCUCGUCAGCGGCAAGGGACCAUUGACAUUUGCUGCGACUUGUUAAAUUCUGGGGGCUUCAUGACGGUUAUGGCCCUCGAUUCUAGACAUAUACCGAAUUUUUUUGAUCUUUCAUACCAUUUAUGCCGAGGAGAUGGCCGUAUGAACGAUCAUAUCUAUGAAGAUUAUAGUAUACAGCUUAUUUGGCAACUUGCCGAUGAGAAAGAAGUUCAAGAUAUUGAUCUUCCAGAGGAGCUACUUCCUCUUGUGUAUAGGUCAAAGAGCCACCUGAUUUCUCUUCUGAGAAAGGGUGUCGAUUUGCAAAAUUGGGUUGCUUCGUAUACACAAUGGCCUACCGGACUGGCUUUGCUGUUUGAAUCUGGCUAUACGCCAACCUACAGUUGUAUUAGAGAAGCGUGCGAAGUGAAUUGCGAGGAGAGUAUCAAGCUCUUGAUCAAUACACAAAGAUGCUAUAUCGGACCAAUUGAACUGCAGAUUGCCUGCAGUCACCAUAAUGGAACGAUUAUGGAACUGAUAGUGAACGCACUCGUUGGCCGCAGGAAACGGCUACAAACUCUUGCGGAGACUCACUUGCCGGACGAAGUGAAUUCAGAACUGGGUAGUAGUCCCAGUACUCUAAUGAGUCUUCAAGCCUACAGGGCCUAUCAACUUCUUAAGGCAAGCUCUGUUCAUGUAGACAAUGUUGAAGAGACAACCCGAUGGUCCGUAUAUGACUAUAUUGGGGUUAAUCUCAAGUCAGCAGACUUACUUUGGAAUUCCGGGUUUCAAGACGUGGAUGAGCUGUAUGGCAAUGAAAAAACCUGUCUGAUGGGAUUGUGGUGGAAUUCGCCGCCCUGCAGCCUUAACGCCUUUUUGGAGAAAGCAAACUGGCUCAUUAACAAAGGUGCGAAUAUAAAUCGCAAAAGCAGGGAUCUCACGGCUGUGCACUUCUUAGGACAUGAUGUGGGAAAGCUUCUGCAUUCAAUCAAUGAUUCUGAAGAUGUUUCUCUGCAAGUGCGCGAUCUAAGUCAGGAUUCCAUCGGCCUGAUGCUCAGGAUAUUCUCCGACGAUACUCGAGAUGAUUGCUGCUGUCCCUGUUCUUCAGCUGGUUGCAUAGGACUUACGGCAUUUUUGCGCGGACUUUUUCCGACACGAUCUGGUCGAGACUUGGAAGAGCUCGUACACAGGCUUGCUAUGGUGAUUGAAUGCCUUGCAGUCUCACUUGAGCCAGAAAAUCAAGAACGCCUCAUCAAGCUAAUUGCUCCUUGCGUCCUCCGGUUUAUCACCUAUCAAAGUUUGAAUAUCUCUCAUACUUGCACCCAUGAGUAUUACAGAGGAAUAGACGCAGAGGAGAUCGAGGAGAUUCACGACGAGGAAAGAUUUCUGAUACUGGAGCUGGAUGACCUGCUGGCUGAAUUUCUCGCAAAAUUUAAGAGCCCUGGCCUCUCGUUUCCGGACUACUUGAUAAGGAGUUGGUGGGUGCGCAUGAACAAGAUUCGCUUAUCUUGCGGGCCACCCAGUGAAAAGGAAAUAAAUCAAGUUCUUGAGACUGGAGUGGUUCUCCAUGGAUAA